AUGGAUCAAUUUAUAGAUACAGGAGAAUCAGAAGAAAGAACAACAGAAGACAUCAACAAGGAGGAAACUGAAGCUUAUGAGUUAGAUGAUGAUGUCAAUGAUGAUCAAGCUCCUAAGGAAGAAGAGAACAACACCGGAGUCACAUUGAACGUGGAUAAUCGACUCAAACCAUCCAUUGAGGAGCCAUUAAGCCUAGAAUUAAAGAUAUCACCGGAUCACUUGGAGAAAUUGAAUGAUAACACUAUGAAGGACCACUUUCGGCUGCCAUUAAUAGACCAGAUACUGGAAAGUUGGGAGAAAUGCCACUACAUGGUGCCAGAGGGUAUCCUGUUGGGACAUAGAAUUUCAAGAAAAGGGAUUGAGGUGGAUAAGGCUAAAAUUGCUAAACCAUUAACCAAACUAUUACCGAAAGAUGGGUCAUUUGACUUCGACCAGGCCUGCAUGUCAGCAUUUAAAACAUUAAAAGAUAAACUAGUUCAAGCUCCGAUCAUGAUUGCCCUGGAUUGGGAUUUGCCAUUCGAGUUGAUGUACGAUGCAAGUGACUUUGCAGUUAGAGCAGUAUUGGGUCAGCAGAAGGAUAAGCAUUUUCAUCCCAUCUACUAUAGCAUAUCAUCAGAAGAUGUAUACCACUAUCUGAGGGAUGUGAUUUUCUCAGACAUUGUCACUCAGGACUAG